UAAAAACACAAUUUUAUUGAGAGAUAAGAGAGCGAUAAUUUUAUGUCAGAAUAUUCAGUUUUAGAUCCUGAAUCACAGCAAAAGAUCCAUGAAAAUUUUUGGGAAAAACAAUCGAAGAUUGUUGAUAACAUUAAUAUGAGAGAUUUACAUUUAAGAAUCCAAGACCUACCUUUAGCCAGAAUUAAAAAAAUUAUGAAACUUGAUGAAAAUGUUAAGAUGAUAAGUGCAGAGGUACCUAUAUUAUUUGCUAAGGCAGCUGAGUUAUUUAUUAGUGAGAUAACAAUGAGGGGUUGGUGGUGCACGGAAGAAAACAAAAGAAGAACCUUACAAAAAAGUGAUAUAGCAUUAGCAGCUAGUAGAUAUGAUCAGUUUGAUUUUCUCAUUGAUAUUGUUCCAAGAGAAGAAAUUAAAAUGUCUGUAAAAAAGGAAAAUAAUUCUACAUUCAAUUCACUUGUCAAUAACCAACCCUCCUUCACUCAAACUCCUCAAAUACAAUAUUAUUUUCAAGUUCCCGUGAAUCAAGUUCCCGUGAAUAAUGUGCCUAACCCAAAUUUAAACAUGACCUAUAAUCAAUUGAACGCGAUAAACAGCAAUAACUUAAAUAUAAGUUCUAUACCAACAUUAUUAAAUCACUCCACUUCCCAAAAUCUAUCACACGCAAAUAAUCAAAAUAAAGAAAUUAUUAGAAAUAAUGAAAAUGUUAGCACAAUGUUGUCAAGUAUAUUGGGAGAUGAAAGCCCCACUAGUCGAAAAAAUGUAAUUACUUCCUAUAAAAAUAGCACUAAUCAGACAUUUAAUUCACCCAACUUAAACACAUCAAAUUUAAGUUAUGAUAAUCAAAAACUAAUGCUAGAUGGAGGUAAUACCACAAUUAAUGUAAGUUGCGAUCAAGCUAAUGAUAGCCCCUUGCAGCAAGCCAUUAUUUCUAGCCUUAAAAAUAAUAAUGAUCAAGAUAACGCCAAUAAUUCUCCAAUGGUUUUUCAAAUAACCCAUCAGCAAUUGGAAGCAUUAUUGGGGAUUAAAAUUCAAGGCACAACCUCAGGAUAACAUAUAUUUUUUUAAAAAAAUAAAAGUAUACCACGGGUGGAUACAUUGCUAACGUGAGUUUAAAGGACUAUUUUUCCGAGAUUUCCCUCAGUGUAAGAACUAGACAUCCGCAAAUCCCAGGCUGACGUCUAAAAAUUUGGGGCUGGUUGGGCUUUUUUAAAUAUGAUAUCAUUCCAUUUUGUGAAAUAAAUUGAUAUAUUUUAAAAUUCUUGCAAGAAACAAGGCGCCUAUAUUUUUUUA